GUUUGUUGAAAAUAGGAAAGAAUUUCACUACCGAAGAGGGUUUUAGAGAAAAACAGAGAAAAUUAACCGCCUUCCAAGGAAGGGAGGGAGAGAAUGUGGGAAAAACGUAUGGCCAUUGUUAAAAGGAGAGAGCAAAGACCUAGCAUUAUCUUUUCUCUCUUUGGAAAAUGUCCAAGCGCCACACUUUAUUUAAGGCACUUUCCCUCCUCCUUCGCACUCUCUCCAAACCCAGAUACGUAGUAUUCUCUAAUCUCUCAAAUCUCAGCUAAGCUGAAACCCUUCGUUUUCUGUAUCUGGGUCUAUAAUGGCGAGUUGGGUCUUGUCAGAAUGUGGCAUAAGGCCCCUCCCUCAAAUCUAUACUAGACCCAGAACGGGACACAUCUCCAACUCCAGAAACAAUCACUCAAGGAUUAGAUUUUUUCACUCAAAUCAAAGUAAAACAGACCUAAAAUUUAGAGAACCAAUUGGGUGUUCUAAAGAGAGGAACUGGGCGCUCAAAGUGAGCGCUCCAUUGAGAGUCGCGUAUGGAGAAGAGGAAGAGAGAGGAGAGAUAAUCAAUAGGGUUAAUGGUGUUGAAGAACAACCCGAAUUCGACCCCGGAGCUCCACCGCCGUUCAAAUUGGCAGAUAUCAGAGCUGCCAUUCCCAAGCAUUGUUGGGUGAAGGACCCAUGGAGGUCCAUGAGUUAUGUCGUGAGGGACGUGAUCGUUGUUUGUGGAUUAGCGGCGGCGGCGGCUUAUCUCAACAACUGGGUUGUUUGGCCUCUCUACUGGGCUGCUCAGGGGACCAUGUUCUGGGCCCUCUUUGUUCUUGGCCAUGACUGUGGACAUGGAAGUUUUUCCAACAAUCCCAAGCUAAACAGUGUGGUCGGGCAUCUUCUACAUUCUUCAAUUCUUGUGCCUUAUCAUGGAUGGAGAAUCAGCCAUAGGACUCAUCACCAGAACCAUGGCCAUGUUGAGAAUGAUGAAUCUUGGCACCCGUUGCCUGAGAGAAUUUACAAGAACUUGGAUGUUGUAACGCGAAUGUUGCGAUUCACAGUACCUUUUCCCAUGCUUGCAUACCCUUUCUAUCUGUGGAGCAGAAGUCCUGGAAAGACUGGUUCUCACUUUGAUCCCAGUAGUGACUUGUUUGUCCCGAGUGAAAGGAAAAAUGUCAUCACUUCCACCAUAUGUUGGACUGCAAUGGCUGCAUUACUUGUGGGGUUAUCAUUUGUAAUGGGUCCUAUUCAAAUGCUCAAGCUAUAUGGUGUUCCCUACUGGAUUUUUGUUAUGUGGCUGGAUUUUGUGACUUAUCUUCAUCACCAUGGUCAUGAUGAUAAACUUCCUUGGUAUCGUGGAAAGGAAUGGAGUUAUCUGAGGGGAGGGCUUACAACCCUUGAUCGCGACUAUGGAUGGAUUAAUAACAUUCACCAUGAUAUUGGAACACAUGUGAUUCACCAUCUGUUUCCUCAAAUCCCGCACUAUCACUUGAUAGAAGCGACUGAGGCAGCCAAGCCAGUGCUAGGGAAAUAUUACCGGGAGCCUAAGGGGUCUGGACCUCUACCAUUCCACCUAAUUGGAAGUUUGGUGAGAAGCUUGAAAAAAGAUCACUAUGUCAAUGACACUGAUGAGAUUGUGUACUACCAGAGUGAUCCUCAGCUUAGCGGAUCCUCCAAUUCAAAGUAAAGCUCUGUUUCCCUGGAUGAAACAGGAAAUGUUUUCAUGUCUUCCAUACUGGAUCCCUUUGCUUAACUUUGACAAACUCAGAGCUUUUAUUACUAGGGUUUGGAGGCAAUUCAUUUUGGUAUUAAAUUUUCCAUAGAGAGGUAAGAAAUUAUGGAGAAGAUUACUGCAUUCGAUUAUUUUGAAAAAAUGGAAAAAGUUCAUGUAGGACACUCAAUGUUAUUCUUGUAACAGUAGAGAAAAAUUUGUAUACUUAUCCUCCCUGAAGAGGAAAUCAUCUCUUAAGCAAUUCUAUCAUGUAUUGUUACGUUGAAAUUUCAAACUGAAGGACAUUGAGGCAAUAUAAUUGACGAAAA